AUGCUGACCGAGAUCGCGGUGCGGGUGGCCAAGGUCGACGACGCAUCGUGCCUCAACGACGACAACGACGAGACCAAGCCGACGGGGCCGCGCGUGAAGCGGGUGCAGGUCACGCUGCUCUCGCCGCCAGUGCGCCUCACGCACAUUUCGUUUCAAAACUACUAUACCGCAAGUCUCCGCAUCGACCAAGUGCUCUUCGGUGGCAAGACGACUUGCGUUGUCGCCAACCUGCCCUUGAUGGCCAAGGCCCACUACGAAGACGACGCGCAGAACUGGCAUGUGCUCAAGCACGACCACCUACCGGGCCUUGACGCAGCGCGCGCGACAGGCUUUGUGUUCUACCUCACACAGCCGUCGCCGCUCUGGGACAAGUGGGAGCUCCAGCAGCUGCGGAGAAGGCGGCCGAGUUGA